AAUUUUCACUUGGUUUAGGUUAUUCAGAAAAUAGGAUGUCGAUUCUUAAGUUUGAUUAUACUGCGCUUUGCUUUGCUUUGCUCUUUACUAUGUGUUAUCCAUUGCUGUUUGAUUAUACUGCGCUUUGCUUUGCUUUGCUCUUUACUAUGUGUUAUGUUUGCUUUGCGCUUUGCUCAUGAACAUAACACUGCCAUUGUUAAUAAUACAUAUGUGUUUGCUCGUGAACAUAACCCCUGCUCUGCGCUUUGCUCAUGAACAUAACCCUUGUUUUAAUAAUAAGAAUUGCGUCUGCUCUAUGUGAAAUCAAUACAUAUGAUGAAUCUUAACUUUCUCUUUUCCUUUGUUUCUGAGGAUUGAAGUUGAGGACAACCAGGCCGAGAGUUCAACCGGAUAAGCAACAACAAACAAGCCUUUAUCCAAAGUAAAAGGUUCAAGAAGACAUGGGACUUGACUCUAUCUACGACUACGGAAUAAACAGCCCAUUAGACUAUAGUUCUGAAGACGAGGCUGAUAGCGGUUACUAUGCUCUGCAACUUGGUCUUGCUGCGGUUGGAUACACCGGCUCUGAAGAGGAGGCGCAAGCUGAAGAGGAGGCGCAACCUGAUCAUGAGCAGAGGUUGGUGAACCUCGAGAGGUUUGUUGCUGAGUUAGGUGAGAAGAAACCAAAGCCUGAUCAUGAGCAGAGGUUGGUGAACCUCGAGAGGGUUGUUGCUGAGUUAGGUGAGAAGAAACCAAAGCCUGAUCAUGAGCAGAGGUUGGUGAACCUCGAGAGGGUUGUUGCUGAGUUAGGUGAGAAGAAACCAAAGGCUGAUCAUGAAGAGAGGUUGGUGAACCUCGAGAGGCUUGUUGCUGAGUUACGUUAGAAUGUCGGGACGUGGUAUGUUGUUUUAUUGUGAACUGCUAUGUUGUUUUAUUGUGAGAACUGCUAUGUUGUUUUAUUUUGUGAACUGUUGGUUGUGGACGUGUGUUUUUUAAGUAUGUUGCUGGGUUAUCGUGGACGUGUGUUGUUUUGGAAGCAAUAGUCACAUGAAUUUGGUUUUCUAGUUGUCUUGGAUUUUAGUUAUAAAGCAAGAGUCACAUGUAUUUUGUGUUUCAGAAGAUAAAAAAUGACAGAGUCACAUGCCAUUGGAUUGUAGUUAUAAACCAAGAAUCACAUGAUUUUAUCCCAAUGAAAUGAGCUUCUAUAAAUACAAUUCUCUUCUCACAUUUUCUACAAACCAAAGCAAUUCUCUCAUUUUCUACAAACCAAAGCAAUUCUUUUCUCUCAUUUAUUUUCUUUCUCUCAUUUACCUUUGAUGGCAUCUUCUUCCAACAAUUUUCACUAUCAUUAUGAGGCUAAUGAUGAUAGUUUUGAACAAUUUUUUCAAGAGCAGUUUGAUAAUGAAUUAGAAGCUACUGCAGAGGAAAUUCCGCCCGAGAGGAAUAAACGUAUAUAUAUCGAUAGAAAACGGGAAGAAGGGCACAAUCGAUUGUGGAACGAUUAUUUUAGUGAUAAUCCCACUUACACCGAGAAG